GAAUAGUAAUAUGAUACAUGUAUAUAGGUAUUUUGAGAACUUAUAAAGUUACAAACAUAUUCUUUAGUUUGUGAAUUUAAAUAAAUUUCAGAUUAAAACAAAAACAUAAAACAAUAUAAUUUUGAUACAUCAAUCUUUGGCUUUAAAACUUUAAAUAAAAAUAACUCCAAUGAAUUAAUAGUUAAUAAUGUUCAUUGGUAAAUAUAUUAAACAAUGCAAUUUCGAACUAAUUUCUAUGGAUUUAUCAGUAACUUAUUUUGUUCAUAAUAGUAAAUAUACCUACUGGGUAGAAGAUGUACAAAUAGUAUAAUAAGGAUAUAACAUAGGUAUUAUCUACAGAUGUAAUAGAAUACAGGUGUAAUAGAUUGGCACGCAUACCGCGGUAGCGAUUCGCGCGAUUGACCACGGUUACGAUCAAAGGUCGCGUGUCGUUUACGCGGUUGUUUCGGUGUUGCGGUUAAUUUUCUGGCCGCUCAUUCAGGCCGAUCCUUUCAAAAACAACAAAUGACAUCGACCGGAGGAGGAGUAGAGAACUUUUCACGCGUCACUGACGGGUGUAUCGCUAUACCGUGUAUCAGGUAUUCCGCGAGCGGCGUAAUAUGCGCGUUUGUCUGCCGGUCUUCACGGCGCAUGCCGGGCGGCGGCGGCAGUCGGUCGCCCACGGACACUAUAAACUUAUUCGAUUAUCGACCGACGCUGCGACCGCCACAGCAGUCGCGCCGCACUACCAGCGUACCGCCACCAGUAGUAACGCCGUCUCCGGUCGGAACGCUCAACGUUUGGCCAACUCGCGGUUGUUCGAUUGUGGUGUGUCUGCGUCGCGUGCGAUCUCCGGUAUGACAGCGGUGGCGUGAGAUAGGAAUAGAUAGUCCAUCGUCACAAAAAUCUACGUCCUGGUUGUGAUCAACUCAGAGAAAUUAUGAGGCUGAAUUUAAAUAGUACCGAAGAAUCGGAUAUAAAAGAGGAGUGCCUGGAUGGAAUUAAAGCAAGGACGGGAUUAGUACGAGUGAACGAUUCCAAUCGAGGCUCGUUAACCGUAAGAUUGGUGUUGACGCUAGAAUGUCUGAAACUCCAGAAACAAGAAGUAGUCGACAACCAUCAUUCGUCGUCGUCGUCAUCGUCCGAGGAUACCGUCGACAACUAUCAGCCUAGUCCCAACUAUUACUUGAGAUAUGUGACUGUUGCAAGAAAAAACGGUAGCCUCGGAAUAAGUGUCAAAGGUGGUCAAGAGAACAGCUUGCCGAUAUUGAUAUCGAGAAUUCCCGAAGGAGGAGCCGCUUACCACACAAAAAGGUUAUUCGUAGGAGAUGCUAUUAUAAAAGUGAACGACCAGUUGAUCACAAAUGCUUGUCACGAUGCAGCUUUACACAUUUUACGAAAUUCUGGAAAUCAUGUUACAUUAUUAGUCAAGCACUACAAAGCUGCAGCGCCUUUUUUACUUGGAGCAAGAGGGAACGGUAGUAAAAACAACAACAAUAAUGGAGAAAGUGAUACCGAAGACGGACCAUGGACGGAUUAUCUUAUAAUACCGCUGAUGAUGGGCUAUGUAACCAGAUACGUGCAAGGCACUGACAAACUGCGGCGAAACGGUUUCGAAGUGCACGGCAUGAACGACCUGAAUUCUACAAUCAUACAUUGCGAUAAUGUCAAAAGUUUGUCCGAAUGGGUUAAACUUAUUUCAGAGAACAUCGCAAAUCUCUCAGAAAUACAAAUUAAGCUUUACAAUCUAAAUUUUGGUAUCAACGAGAAAAUCGAGUAUAUGGGAUGGGUAAACGAGGGUGUGCUGAACAAUAACCACCCUUGGCAAAGUUACUGCGCAAGAUUCAUGAUAAUCAGAGGUCGUGACGUAUUACUUUUCGACACACCCCCGAUGUCCAUUACGGAGUGGUUGGACUGCGGCGUGGUGUACAAACUGUACGAAUCCAUGUUGAGACUAGUGAAGGAUGCGGAAAACGUGGACCAAAGGCAAAAUUGUUUUUUACUACAGACUUCCAACGGAGUGUCCAGGUACUUUUCAAUGGAAACCAAACAGGGUCUACUGGACGUGCAGUGCGCGUGGCACAGGUCAAUAUGCACGUCCAUGAUGCACAUCAAAAGCAGAACGUUUUACGUGUUGUUUGGAAACAACCAACAGCCCUCAAACUUAAUACUGGAUUGGGACAAUGGUUUCACAUUAUACGACAACUGGACGAAUUCGAAUGUUUGGACGUACAAGUUUUCAGAGCUCCGUGGAUCCUCAGACGAUCACAUUUCCCGACUAAAGCUUCACUUCAACGACAACGGCUGUAUCGAAACCAAGGAAUUGGUUUGUCAAGACCUGCAAAGCUUGCUGUUCUGCGUGCAUGCGUUCCUGACCGCCAAAGUGGUGUCCGUAGACCCUUCGUACUUAAACACCGAAGGGAUUCAGCAGCUAUAAGACGUUGCUCCACUUAAUCAAUAAUUUUGUGUAUACUAUAAUGUAUACAUAAUAUUAUAAAAUUUAUAAUACUGUUUAUAAGAAUGUUGCCGAUUUACACGCGAUUCGAAUACAAUACAUAGACUCAGUUAUAGACGAUUGUGCAUACUAGUAUAUUUUACUAUUACUAUGGUUGUUUAUAAAUAUAGUCAAUAAUAUUAAAA